GCAGCCCGGAAGUGUGUUCCAGCUGUGAUUAUUUUUCGUUUCUUGACACUGACCGACAGACAAAAGAGGCUGCCUGCAUUUGGCACCAGUGUUACAAUGGAGCGCCUUUGACUUUUUCUCUCGCUGGUUCGGCGGUGGGCGGGUGGCCGGAGACUCAUGGCGACGGCGGAGUGCGGUUGAUUGUGUCCUCGCGCCCGGAGCGGAUGCACCAUGAUCCCCGUGUCCCUGCUGGUGUGCGUGCUGGCCGGCUGGUGCGCCGUGUACCUCGCAGACACGCUGCUACGGUCGUCGCCGACGCAUCGGAUCGGCUACGAGUCGUGGCUGGCCAGGCGAGGGCUGAUGCUGUCCCCGUUCCACGUCAGGUGGCAGACGACCAUUUUCAACCGGCUCUUUGCGUACUGCGCCCGCAUCCACCCGCGGGCGCUCUACCUCUGGUUCAGCAGCGGCCUGGUUUUCGGCGUGGUGGCCAUGCUGGCGUCGGUGGUGCUGCUGGUGAAGACGCUGCAGCAGACCCUCGCUCAGAUGACCACGGACAAUCCGCACAUCGGAGCCCAGCAGGCUCUGCAGGUGGUGGUUCCUGGUGUCAACCUACCUACUAGUCAUCUGGCAUACUUCUUCCUCGCCCUGCUGCUCAGUGGCGUCAUACAUGAGCUGGGCCACGCGGUGGCAGCACUGAGGGAGCAGGUGCGCGUCAACGGCUUCGGCAUGUUCGUGUUCGUGGUGUACCCUGGCGCCUUUGUGGACCUCUUCACCACGCACCUCAACAUCGUGUCGCCCGCCCAGCAGCUGCGCAUCUUCUGUGCCGGCGUGUGGCACAAUUUUGUGUUGUGCGUGGCGGCGUUGGCGUUCCUCUUCCUGUUGCCGCUCUUCCUUUUCCCGCUGUACUCCAGCGGCGCGGGGGCGCUGGUCACUGAGGUGGCGCAGGGUUCGGCGGCCGACUGGCCCCGGGGCCUCUCAGCGGGGGACAUCGUGACGGCGCUGGAGGAGUGUCCCGUCGCGGGGGUGGAGGACUGGAACAGCUGCCUGUCUCAACUCUCUCACACGCCACAGACGGGAUACUGCGUGCCCGCCGCCAGCCUGCAGCCCAGUUGGGCCCACGGGCGAGCGUUCAAGCGGCUGGAUGGGACGCUGGACUGCUGCAGCAACAACAGCCUGACGGACCUCUGCUUCUCCUACAUCAAGCCACACACUGCUGACAGAGAGUACGCCUGCAUGCCGGUGCGCAAAAUGGUGACGGGCAGCCGGGUGUGCCGCGGCGACCACGACUGCAACGCUGACGCCGGCCUCGCCGUCUGCGUCACGCCCUCCCUGCAGAACCAGACCCGCUUCAUCCGGGUGGCGCAUCCGCCCGGCACCCACAUGCUGUUCGUGGGCUACCCGCCGCAUCUCCAGCACGCCGUGAGUCUGACCAACUUCGUGCCUCGCUUUGGUUUUCUCCACUUGGACCUGCCCGUCUUCUUGGAGACAUUCUGCAAGUACGUGUUUUCCCUCUCUGGCGCCUUGGCGGUGGUCAACUCGGUGCCGUGCUUCGCUCUGGACGGCCAGUGGAUGCUCAACGCCUUGCUGGAGGCCACUCUGGCCGGCGUGGUGGCGGAUCGGCAGAAGCGAGAGCUGAUGGGUUUCUUCCUGCUUCUGGCCGGCAGUUCCCUGCUGGCCGCCAACGUGGCGCUGGGCUUGUGGAUGGUGACGGCACGGUAACACAACAAAAGGCAAAUUGUGCUUGGAGACGCUUGCCUGUGGACUGGUGAACUGUGAAGAGACUACAUUACCCAGCAGUCCCCAGGUUUGCCUUUUAAGAUGUCGCUCAGCCGCACGGGACAAAAACGAAGCGUUCUUGCAUCGAAAAUGCACUCGGCAUUUUUUUUUACAUCUGGUUGAAUGAUGUGAACAAACAAUCAUGUUCAAUGACGAUGACUUGCUAAUUUAUAGUUGUUUUUUUAUGUGCACUAAGGAGCUUGAUAGUGGCUGGGUUUUUUUUUUUUUUUUUUUUUUUUGGAACAUGGAAAAAAGUGUGGCUACAUGCUUUUCAUUGGACACCAUUUAUUAUUUUUUGUGUACAAACUCCUGUCGCCAAGUAUGUGAAAUGAAUCUUCAAAAUUGUGAAACAUCAAGUUGUUUUCACUGCUUUUAAACGCCGUGGGUGUUUUCACUGAAGGUGUGGAACCACGUCCUGCUGAAAAAACGAUCUUCGUCUUGCAUUUUAUUUAUGCUGACACGAGUAUUUUCCGACAUUAGAGCUGCAAAAAUACGUCCGUUUAAAGUGGCUGGAAUGUAUCCCACCGGGUUGGCGUGGGGAUUUUCCAUGCGGUGACGAUGAAGCACUCUAAAGCAGCCACACAAAUACGACGCCUCUGUCCAAGGACUCGGCCUCCUUUGCGUCUUUCUCUGACUGACAGGCGCACACUCACGGCUGACAACGAGGCACUCUAAAGUGUGACUGGGCCACACGUCCUUCAAAUAAUUCGGACAACUGAAAGGGUGAAAAAGAGUAAUGCUAUAUCUCCACAUUUAAAUCCUACAUUGUUCUCAGAAGUGAUCUUUAAACAUGUUUAAUGUAUUUAGAAACAAUCAAUAAAAUUAGAAACAAAUCUCUGAAUUCACUCUUCUGCGUCUUAAAAUGCAACGUCAAAUUCUGUUUAAGACAAAAUCUCGUCAGAUGAAGUUAUCAUUUGUGUUACUGAUGUGGUAAAUGUAUUUCAUCUUUCAUAACUGCCAGCGAAAA